GUGUCGAGCGGCGCAGCAGAACCGGCGCCGACGCCUACGCAGAGGUUUGCUCUCAGCGUUUGAACGAUACACCUUUCGUGUUCGGUCUCGUCUCCAUAGGAGAGUUGUCGGGCGAGUUAGAUGCAGGCGCUGCCGACGCCGACCCAGCGGCGGCGCUUUGUGGGCAGCUCGCUCAGCUUGGCUGCAACCCCGCCGUGCUGCGGGACUUCGACGCGUUCAUCACCCAGCGCGACCAGGUGGUUGAGCAGAAGGCCAAGAGGGCUGCGGAGGGACAUGGUGACGGAGGUCAGGAAGCCAAGUCAGCAGACGGCAUCGCCCGCAAGUCUGUCGAGGCGGCAAUGCAGAGCGCCCUGAACCGCGCCGAGAAGGCCAAGGUCCAGACGAUCAUUUAG